AUGAUAUCCUCCUACCCUAUCGACAAACCGGAUCUGUCCAAACUUACCUCGGUUUCUCCGAGUGGUGUUGAUGAGCGCAAAAUACACAAAUUACUUCGUGAUGCCCUCCCUCCAUCCGAGAAUGCCACCAACGUUAUCAGAGAACGAGCCAGUUCCGGUAUUGGGGCAGGAACAGUCACUUUGUUUUGCAGACUUGGAGCACAAGUUGCCAUCACAGGCAGAAAUGUUGACAAUUUGGCCAAAACAGCUGCUGAGUGUAAAAAGGAAAAUGGAAAACUGCCGUUUACUCUUAGCGGUGAUUUGACCAAGGAAGAUUUUGCUAAGCAACUUGUAGAAGAGACAGUAAAAUAUUAUGGGAAAUUGGACAUACUGGUCAAUAAUGCGGGAAUAUUGCAAUCUGGAAGCAUUGAAACAACAUCACUGGAGCAAUAUGAUGAAGGAAUGAAUAUCAACGUCAGAGCUAUUUAUCAUCUGACUAUGCUUGCAGUUCCACAUCUUGUCAAAACAAAGGGGAAUAUUGUAAAUGUAUCAAGUAUAGCAGGCAUUAGAGCAAUUGCUGGAUGUUUGUCAUACUGUAUGUCCAAGAGUGCUAUAGAUCAGUUUACUAAAUGCACUGCAAUAGAGUUGGCACCGAAGCAAGUCAGGGUAAACAGUGUUAACCCUGGCGUUAUCAUUACUAACAUUUUCAAGACGUGUGGAUUGGAUGAAAAGGAGUUUUUAGAGCACUCCAGAACAACACAUCCACUAGGACGGUCCGGUGAGGUGGAAGAAGUGGCCAAUGCGAUUGCUUUCCUGGCAUCAGAGAGUGCUUCCUUUAUCACGGGUGUGCAAUUACCAAUUGAUGGUGGAAGACAUGCCCCCUGUCCACAAUAGGAAGAUUUAUAAAAAAUCCUUGAUAUGUUGCUUAGAAAAUAAAAAAGUUAUACAC